GACGAGGCUACAAAGGAGCAAUUCAACGAAUUAAAACAACGCCUACUUGAAGGCAAGUCUCUGAAAUCCAAACAAGUUAGCAAGGUCAUGAUUGAUGUUGAUAGCGAGUCUGAAGACAGUGCCCUCAGCUUACAGGAUUCUUCUGCCAACACUGAUGAGUCGGAUCCCGAUGAAUCAAACGUAGAAACUUGCACCACACAACUGCAACAUUCUCAACGUGUGAAUAGUCGUAGAAAGUCAACCAAAGCCAAGUUCUUAACUAUUCCUCAGGUUCAUCACGAUGAUUUCCUCAGUGACACAUUCGAUUUGAUCAUGAAGGAAAUUGUCCAAAAGGCUGGCGAUAGGAGUCAGAAGGUCGUGGAAUGGAAAGCUCCUGAAGAAUUAAGAGAAUUGAUGGACCUUGACCCAACCGCAGUGGGAGAGACUCAUGAAAAGCUGUUGAUGCGUCUUCAAGACAUCAUCAAGUACAGCGUCAAAACUGGUCAUCCUCGAUUUGUCAAUCAACUUUUUUCUAGUCUUGAUCCCUAUGGUUUAGCAGGACAGAUCGUCACCGAUGCUUUGAAUACUAGUCAAUAUACAUACGAGACGGCACCAGUUUUUACUCUGAUGGAGGAAACUGUAUUGAAAACGAUGAGAACAUGUAUUGGUUAUACAGAGGGUAAUGGUAUCUUCUGUCCAGGUGGUUCCCUCUCCAAUAUCAUGGCUGUCAACUGUGCUAGGCACUUCAUGUUCCCUCAAACCAAGAAAACUGGCAUGUUUGGUCUACCUCCACUAGUGAUAUAUACUUCUGAACUGGCUCAUUACUCCAUAAAGAAGGCAGGUUAUCUAUUAGGAUUCGGAGAUGACAAUGUCAAAUUGGUCAAAACUGAUGAACUCGGUAAAAUUAUUCCAGAAGAUCUCGAAAGACAGAUC